CAAUUAGGCUUCAAUUUCGAAGGUAGCCAUGCAGUGGACGGUGAUGUUCACGCUGCUUGCCAGCAGCAGCGUCGUCGUCAUUGUUGAUUGUUUUUAUGUGCCCGGCGUGGCACCCGUUGAGUUCGUGCGUGGACAAAAAAUCGAUGUUAAAGCGGUUAAAAUGACUAGCAGCCGAACCCAGCUUCCCUAUCAGUAUUAUUCACUGCGCUUCUGCUAUCCCAAGAAUGGAACCCUAAUCUUCAAAUCAGAGAAUCUCGGGGAAGUUCUGCGUGGUGAUCGCAUAGUGAACACACCCUACGAGGUUCAAAUGGCCGAGGACGUGAAUUGUAAGUUGCUUUGCAAUAAAAAAGAUUUACCCAUGACCUGGAGCAAAGAGGAUUCGGCAACGGUCGCAGAGCGCAUACAGCACGAGUAUUUUGUUCACUUGCUAGUGGACAAUUUGCCUGUGGCGACACGCAUUGUCAGUGCCACGAAUCCCAAUGAAGUGACUUACGAGCAUGGUUAUCGAUUGGGACAAGUGGAUGGCGAUAAAAUCUACAUUAACAACCAUCUGAAGUUCAUUCUCUCCUAUCACAUGUACACAAAGGAUAAAUAUCGGGUGGUUGGGUUUGAAGUAAUAACUGGGUCCGUUAGUCACAAGGAACUAAAAUUUGAGGGCGAUAGCUGCAAUUUCCCUGACAGUCCAAGUCCACAGCUUGUUAAUCCAUCAGGCGAAACGCAGCUCUACUUCACGUACUCUGUUGUUUGGAAGGAGUCUAAGGUUAGCUGGGCCUCACGCUGGGAUAUUUAUUUGGGCAUGCGCGAUGUACAAAUCCAUUGGUUUAGCAUCAUCAAUUCGCUGGUCGUCGUCUUCUUCUUAUCGGGUAUACUCACCAUGAUCAUGAUACGCACUUUGAGGCGGGAUAUCGCUCGCUAUAAUACAGAUGAUAAUAUCGAGGAUACGCUUGAGGAGACCGGCUGGAAGUUGGUCCAUGGCGACGUUUUUCGACCGCCUAAGAACACGCGUCUCUUCUCUGCUAUCAUUGGAAGUGGCAUCCAGAUAUUUUUCAUGGCCAUGAUUACGAUCUUUUUUGCUAUGCUGGGCAUGCUCUCGCCCUCGUCACGUGGGGCUCUCAUGACGUCCGGCAUUUUCAUGUACGUUUUCAUGGGAACCAUUGCCGGCUACUAUGCGGCGCGUCUCUAUAAAACGAUGAAGGGACGGGAAUGGAAACGAGCUGCCUUUUUAACUGCCACGCUCUAUCCGGGCAUUGUCUUUGGCACGGGAUUCAUUUUGAACUUUUUCAUUUGGGAUAAAUCCUCGAGCGGCGCUGUGCCUUUUACCACAAUGAUAUCGCUGUUGUUGCUGUGGUUCGGCAUAUCUGUGCCGCUCGUUUAUCUGGGAUUCUACCUAGGCUAUCGAAAACAGCCGUAUCAGCAUCCAGUGCGAACGAAUAUGAUACCACGCCAGGUGCCCACACAGCAUUGGUAUAUGAAUGCAGUCUUGAGCACCUUAAUGGCUGGAAUCUUGCCAUUUGGCGCCGUAUUCAUCGAGCUAUUCUUCGUGUUUACGGCCAUUUGGCAGAAUCAAUUUUAUUAUUUGUUUGGUUUCCUGUUUUUGGUGUUUUGUAUUCUAGUUGUUAGCUGUGCUCAGAUCUCCAUCGUUAUGACCUACUUUCAGCUGUGUGGCGAGGAUUAUCGCUGGUGGUGGCGCAGCUUUAUCGUCUCUGGUGGUUCGGCUGUGUAUGUGCUUUUCUAUAGCAUAUUUUAUUUCUUUACCAAGCUGGAGAUUACAGAAUUUAUACCCACACUGCUUUAUUUGGGUUACACAGGUCUAAUGGUGCUAACGUUUUGGCUAUUGACAGGCUCCAUUGGCUUCUUUGCUGCCUAUGUUUUCAUACUAAAAAUCUAUGGUGCCGUGAAAAUAGAUUAAGCCAUCCACAAUCUGGCACACAAUGCUGUACACCAAACUAUCCCUGCAAUAUCAUUUGAUCGUAAUACUUAUUAC